GGGUAAUAAUGUCCAUGUUCAGGUCGCCCCAGCUGUGGGUGCGGUUCGAGCCGCUCACGCCUCGCUGCAUAGAACAGGGGCUCGAUUUUGCGUGUCCCCAGUGGUGCCAGGACACCUAGCUACCGCCGUCUCUCUAAUUGGUAAGUUUGCAUUCCCCGGCGGUCGGACGACGGUUGUCGGGCGGUCUAUGAUCAAACUCGUGUUUACUGCCAAUUUGAACGCUGUGCGGAGCCGUGUAUCAUUCCCGAGGCCGAAGAGCCCCUGGGAUUUGGGCGACGGCGUGGCUCUGUCCAUCCCCCGUGGUCCUUCUCACUGAUGCUCGAGGCUGUGAGUUCUAUUGUGGUGGCAAAAGAGCACAAAUCCAUCAUGAGCACAAUGCCUCCCUGCAUCUACGGGUGACUUUUCAAAUAAACCACAGCUCGAACUGAGAGACCGCCAGGCGCAUCGUGCAGCAGCACAUUGUAAUGCCUCGUCCUUCUCAAUCACCUGCGGCCUCCGUCCAGGUUGUCCUCAUCUUCACCUUGGGCAGUCAAUCUGGACUGAAGAAAUGCCCCACGAGACUUGCCCGUGAAAGCAGGUUUCAACAAAAUAUGCACGCAGCGCAAGGCAAGGCAAUCUCUGGGCGCAACCUAAGCUACCCCUGUGCGUUACAGCGGCAAAAGGAUCCGGGUGCCUGUCAUUCUUCAAGAUGGGAACCUCCCAGAAGGGAAGGACCUGAGCGUCAGCCACGGCCUUGGUAUGCCCGCACAGCGUGCUCCUUUGUGGGGGCCGUGCCAGCGCAGGUUCCAAGGUCUUGCAGUAACUUCACGCAAUCAGGCUUGCUCACAGGCCGUCAGCCGUGUGACCUCUGCAAUUGUGUGUGUGCUUGGUUGAAUCACGCCCAUGGUGACGGCAUCAGUGGCCCUUGUGCUGUGCCUUUUCUCCGUUGAUACAGGCGGGGUGAAUUGGAAGCAAGCGAAAUGGCUGGCUUUGCUGCUGGCAGUCCCUAUGCAACGAUGACUCCCCGGAACGUUGCGCUCGUAGGGAUUGCCACAGUGACCCCCUGGCCACCUCCGCGCACCUACACAUCGGGUAAGCCUCCCGCAUUAGGAUCAGCCGGCAGUGUGAGUCGAUGCGCAGCCAGAUCAAGGCCUGUAUUGCGAGUGAGGUGGGACGCCAUGGGUUCUAUUCAUGGACAGCAAUGAGAAUACCAUGGUCUCAGCCGUUCAGAUCAUUUCCUGAUGUUCAACGUAGGUCGCGAAGAUUCUCAAGUCAGAACCAUG